AUGGAGUCGCAAAGACACCGCCCAUGGGGUAAAUCUUGUUUCCUCAUCUUGGGAUCCUUGAUUUUGAAUGUUCAGCUGAUCCUCCCUAGAUGGAAUUCAUACAAUCACUACUCCUGUUCCCCCAAUGAGACUAUAAUACACUCCAAUGCUCAAGCGCUCGUCGAUCUUGGACUGGCUGAUCUGGGCUACCAAUAUGUGACCACUGAUUGUGGAUGGACAGUCCCUGACCGUCUUGCUAACGGCUCCUUAACCUGGAAUGCAGAAUUAUUCCCGAGUGGAUUUUUCGCUCUUGGAGACUUUCUGCAUAAUCUGGGAUUGCUGUUUGGGGUUUACGAGGAUGCGGGGGUUGAGACUUGUUCCACCACAGCAGCUGGGACCCAAGCCGGUAGUUUAUAUCACGAAGCCCAAGAUGUAGCUACAUUCAAAUCCUGGGGUGUCGAUGCUCUCAAAUACGACAACUGUUACUCCGACGCCGCAACCGACUACCCGGAUACAGACUACACACCUAGUGUUUCCCCUCGCUAUCACUAUGAAAAUAUGAGCAAUACACUUGCCGCGCAAGACGAGACGAUCCUUUUCCAGAUUUGUGACUGGGGUGUUGACUUUCCCGCUCUCUGGGCUCCAGAGUUAGGAAAUACUUGGCGUAUUGCCAACGAUAUCAUCCCAGAUUGGCGGACAAUUUUCCGUAUUUUGAAUCAGGCUGUACCGAAUACACCAUUCGCUGGCUCAGGACAAUGGCCAGAUCUUGAUAUGCUGGAGGUUGGAAAUGACGUAUUCACGACUCCUGAGGAACAGACACAUUUCUCAAUGUGGGCUAUUUUGAAGAGUCCCCUCACUAUUGGUGCGGCGUUGAAGGACGAUGCUACUUCGAUUGCGGAGUCAUCGCUUGAGAUUCUGAUGAACGAAGACGUUAUCGCGUUUAAUCAGGAUUCACUGGGUGAGAGUGCGAGUUUACGAAGGAGAUGGACCGAGGAUGGGUUUGAGGUUUGGAGUGGCAGUCUUGAGGGUGAGAAGACUGUGGUCGCGUUGAUCAAUUGGGAUGAUGAGACAAGGGAUUUGACGCUGGAUCUCCCUAUUGCUGGAUUUCAAUCUGCUGGCUUGGUCAAGAAUAUCUGGGCUAAUGAGACGGUUGAAAAUGUGAAGACGACGUACUCGGCCUUUGUUGAGGGACAUGGAGUCAUGCUUCUGGAGCUUGGAGAUACUACUGAAGCUGGAACUUAUUCAACCAGUCUUUUUGGUUCCUCGACUGGAACAGAGACUACUUUCUCGUCUGUCUAUGCCAACACUACCAGUUCAAAGUACACCAUCGACAUCAUCUUCACUAGCUCGUCCUCGAAGGCAACUACUAUAAAGCUGAGUAGCUCGACAAACACAACAUCAAAGAGUGUCUCGGUUCCAGCUUCUGGCAAAACAGUUUCAUCGACUCUAUCCUUAACUGCUGGCUUUACCAACACAAUCACAAUCGAGUCAUCGCUCACGAUUGAAUCCAUCAAAAUCACAUCUCCCACAGGAACGUACUAUACAGGCAAAGACUCAUUCACUUUAUCCGGAGACGCCAUAAUUGAGGACUGCACCAACGGCACAGUCACAGGCUGUGCGCCAGUGGGAUACAAGAUCGGGUACAUCAGCGCCUCAAAUAAAGCAACGGCAACCAUCAAAGCGACAGUCUCAAGUGCCAAUGGUACCGAAGCAAAGUAUAUUGAGCUGGACUAUAUCAAUAACGACAUUGCGCUCUCGACUUCGUGGGACUGGGGUUCCAAUUCUAGGAACAUCACUGUCGCCUUGAAUGGUGGCUCGCCAGUUCGUCUUGAAGUUCCGCUUUCUGGGCGCCACAGUGAGCUUUAUAGUGCCGGAUUGGGGUGGUGGGAUACUGCCACAUUGGGUAUCCUGGUGGAUGGAUGGAAGGAUGGCGAUAAUGAGGUUGUUAUCGCCAAUGCGGCGGAUACAGAUGUAUCUCAGACUUGGGGUGCGGAUUUUGUGGGAUUGAGGUUUUAUGAUUAG